AUGGCUCGGAUUCGUUCCUACCUAGUGCUUCUGCUAUGCUCGGCGGUUCCGAUUUUCGGAGCCCCCGAUCCACGCAAUAACCUUCAAGAGCGUGCACCCUGUGUUUUCAGCGGUGAUACAGGAGCUGCUUCUGCUAUUGCAAACAAAAACAAGUGCUCUACAAUCACUUUGGACAAUGUUUUCGUUCCGGCGGGAACGACUUUGGACCUCACCAAUCUGAAUGCGGGGACUAACGUCAUUUUUCAAGGAAACACCACCUUCGGUUUCCAGCAAUGGGCGGGACCUCUUAUUUCCGUAUCAGGUCAGAACAUUCAGGUUUCUGGAGCUUCUGGCCAUACGAUCGAUGGGCAAGGUCAUCGUUGGUGGGAUGGCCAGGGGAGCAAUGGUGGCACCACUAAGCCAAAAUUCUUCUUUGCACAUGGCCUCACGGGUACCUCUCAGAUUACUGGCUUAAAUAUCCUAAAUACCCCAGAACAGUGCUUCAGUAUCUCCGGCUCUUCUGGGCUUACGAUCAGCGGUGUCACCGUAGAUGACCGUGCUGGGGAUGUUGGAAGCCUCGGCCACAACACUGAUGCAUUUGACAUUGGAAACAGUGAUCACAUCACUAUCACUGGAGCCAUAGUGUACAACCAGGAUGAUUGUGUUGCAAUCAACUCUGGAACAAAUAUUAUUUUCAGCAAUGGUUACUGUUCGGGAGGACAUGGCCUUUCAGUGGGUUCCGUUGGUGGACGCUCAAAUAAUGUGGUAGACACGGUUCACUUCUCUAACUCUCACGUCGUUAAUUCUCAGAAUGGCGUUCGCAUCAAGGCAGUGGCAGGAGCUACAGGAAGUAUCAAGGGUGUAACGUAUGAUGGUAUUAUUCUUUCCGGUAUCAGUAGUGCAGGUAUUACCAUUCGCCAGGACUACACCAACAAAGGAUAUACCAACAACCCCACUACCGAUGUUCCGAUCACUGGUCUCACCCUAAAUAAUGUUCACGGUACCGUCGAUAGUUCUGCGACUGAUAUCGUGAUUGAGUGUGGUAGCACUAGCAGUUGCUCUGGCUGGACAUGGACGUCCGUUGAUGUCUCUGGUGGAAAGGCAGAUGUUUGUCACAACGCCCCCGCCAAUACCUGCUAA